GCCCUUUCUUUCCCGGAAGUGCAGAGGGGCGGUGUUGCCAUGGCGGCGACCCUGGGUAGGCGGCCCCGCCCUUCACUCGGCUUUCAGACCCUCUUCCGGAGCUCAUCUCCUUCUCCAUUUCCACCAUCUAACCCGACCCCUGAUGCAACCCCGAACCUGGGAUCCUGGAUCCAUCUCCCCGGCUUCCCGGGGGCAAGUGCUGGCGCUGGUGCUGGUGGCCGCUCUGUGGGGUGGCACACAGCCGCUGCUGAAGCGGGCCUCCUCCCGCCUGCAGCAGGUUCAUGAGAGGACCUGGGUCCAGCAGUUGCUGCAGGAAAUGAAGACCCUCUUCUUGAAUACUGAGUACCUGAUGCCAUUUUUCCUCAACCAGUGUGGCUCCCUUCUCUACUACCUCACCUUGGCAUCAACAGAUCUGACCCUCGCGGUACCCAUCAGUAACUCUCUGGCCAUCGUCUUUACACUGAUUGUUGGGAAGGCCCUUGGAGAAGAUAUUGGUGGAAAACGAGCAUUCACAGGCAUGGUGCUCACCGCGGCAGGAAUUACUCUCUGCAUCACAAGCUCAGUGAACAAGACUCAGGGGCAAUCGUCUACGCUUUGAGUGGGCCAAGGCCACCCUCCAGCUCUGCUGUCCAGGGAGCCCCUGGGCCAGGAGGUAGAGGCCAUGAGCAUGAGCAUGCGGACUUAGCCCUCCCUCCCCUCCCCUCCCCCCACCCCAUCCCAGCCUCAACUUCUUCAUCUCUUGGGAUAAUAGCUACCUCAUGGAUCAUAAUAAGAGAACAAGACGAGUUUCUGUCUUGGUGCAGCAGAAACGAAUCCGACUAGGAACCAUGAGGUUGCGGGUUUGAUCCCUGGCCUCGCUCAG